AUGGCAAGACUAGUACUCCUUAUCGCCGCCUUCUUCGGGCUUGCUUCCGCAUUCCCCCAAUAUGGCUACCACGCUCCAGUCGUCGCCCAUGCUCCAGUGGCAGUCGCUCACGCCCCAGUCGCUUACUCGAGACCAGUCGCUUACGCCAGACCCGUACUCCUCAUCGUCGCCUUUAUCGGCUUAUGCUCUGCCGCACCCCAGUAUGGCUACCACGCUCCAGUAGUACUCCUCAUCGCAGCCUUCUUCGGCCUUGCUUCCGCAGUCCCCCAAUAUGGUUACCACGCUCCAGUCGUCGCCCAUGCUCCAGUGGCAGUCGCUCACGCCCCAGUCGCUUACUCGAGACCAGUCGCUUACGCCAGACCCGUACUUCUUAUUGCCGCCUUAACCGGCCUGGCCUCUGCAGCUCCACAGUACGGCUAUCACGCUCCAGUGGUUGCCCAUGCUCCAGUAGCUGUCGCUCACGCUCCAGUCGCUUACGCGAGACCCUCAAACAUGGCACUUCUAGUACUUUUGAUCGUCGCUACCGUUGGUCUGGCUUCGGCCCAGUACGGCUACCACGCUCCAGUUGUCGCCCAUGCUCCAGUAGCUGUCGCUCACGCUCCAGUCGCUUACGCUAGACCCGUCGCUUAUGCUAGGCCUGUUGCCUAUGCUAGGCCCUACGCUGCUCCAGUCGCUGUAGCCCAUGCCCCCGUCGCCGUAGCUGCUCCUAGAGUUGAACCAUACGACCCUCAUCCAUCAUACUCCUUCUCUUACUCCGUCAAUGACCACUCCACCGGAGACUCUAAAGGACAACAUGAGACCCGUGACGGGGAUGUCGUCCAUGGAAGCUACUCCGUCGCUGAACCUGACGGUUCCAUCAGGACCGUAGACUACACAGCUGACCCAGUAAAUGGAUUCAACGCCGCUGUACAUAGGGAUACAGGAGCACAUCCCACUCCAGUAGCUGUCGCACAUGCUCCAGUCGCUGUAGCACACGCCCCAGCAUACUCUCUUCACUAAAUUAAAUCGAUGUUUCAUUACUUAAUUACGAUUUAUAUUUUGAAGGUAUGCACAACAGUAUAAUCCCAUGGUAUUAUGCUAUAUUAUGUAAUUUGUAAAAUAUAUGUUGUUAAUAGUAAUUUUGUUUAUCAUAAAUUGAAAUAUCCGAC